AGAUCCAAAAUGACAUCUGAAAACUGAUCACUUAUUUUCCUCAUCCAGCGUUUGCAAGGUCGUAGGGUUUUAUAAUGUUGAUGAUUCUUACUGGACCUUGAGGCAGUUUCUACACUCACUCUCCGGGAACAAAAGCCGUUCUUUGUAUCGCCGCUACACAUCACUUGGAUCACCUCCGAGAUAGCUACAACCGCGAUUUACGAUCUACGACACUCAUUCACGCGAUCAAGAUGACUGCAUUAGUAGCACAAUCACCUGUUCUGAGUCCAAAGCCAGGUAUUACCGCCUCGAUCAAUCGAAAUGUACAUCCUAAGGCCAAAGCGCUUGCGAUUUUGAACUCGAGCCAUUCUCCUGCUCUGAGCGUUCCUGGACCAAAUGCAACUGCUGCAUCGACACCUGGAGAUGGCGGACUGGACCUGGCGGAGCAGAUGAAUAAGGAAACGCGAGAGAAAUAUGUGACUGGCGACCGACUUGGUGAGGGUACCUACGCCGUUGUAUAUAGCGGACACUUUCGCAGCGAUCCCGCUCGUCUCGUCGCCAUUAAAAAGAUCAAAGUGCAGCAGGAAUGGAAGGACGGCAUACCAAUGGACGCGAUUCGCGAAAUCAAGUUCUUACAGGAGCUUGAACAUCCCAACAUCAUUAAGCUGUACGACGUGUACUCAACAAAGGACCAAAACAUUUCAUUAGUGCUCGAGCAUCUGCCAUUGGGUGAUCUCGAGGGGCUGUGGAAGAACAAGGAGAUAUCGUACACGAGCGCGGACAUCAAGAGCUGGUCGAACAUGCUAGCGCAGGCAAUCUGGUGGUGCCACGAGCACUUCGUCCUACAUCGUGAUAUCAAGGGAAACAACUUGUUGAUUGCAGCCGAUGGCACAGUCAAACUUGCUGAUUUUGGUCUCGCGCGAUCGUUCGCGGACGCCGGGCGACCCAUGACGCACGUCGUGAUUACACGCUUCUACCGGCCACCAGAGCUGCUCUACGGCGCACGACACUACAGUGGGAAAGUCGACAUAUGGAGUGUGGGCUGCGUGAUUGCGGAAUUGGCGAUCCGGCGGUUCUUCCUGACGGGCGACAGCGACCUCGGACAACUGGCCGUCAUAUGCGAGCAUUUCGGAACGCCGACCGAGGAGACCUGGCCUGGCGUCUCCAAGCUCGAAUACUACAUCAAGCCUUCGGAACAGCAGUCUUGGCAGGGCAACGGAACCGCUCCACGAAAAGGGUACCCCUCGUCCUGGUGGAAAGCUGCGUUCCCACUAUUAGGUGACGAUGGCAUCGAUCUUCUCCGCGCCAUGUUGACUCCAGACCCGAACAAGAGAUUGAGCGCGAAACAGGUACUGGACCACCCGUACUGGACCAACGCACCCCGACCCACCAAGAAAGAGAACCUCCCCAAGCAAGGCGGUGGGGAAAUGAAAAUGGGCGCCGACCUCAAGAGAAGAGGUGGUGAAGCCGAAAGUGGGCGCGCCGACAAAGUUGCCCGUAAACUGGAUUUCGGCGCCAUGAAGAAAUAGAUUUUGCCAAAAAGGAGAAGAAAAUGCAUCAUUCCAUGCUCACAUACACGCCGAAGCACACCGCUUUGGCAUGAACGAAUAUCACGAACCUUAGACAUAAUAACUCACAGAGGGAGACCU